CCAUCCUCUCUGAGGAUGGAGCCACACAGCUGUUCUGCAAAGAGCCGAAAGUCCAUGAAAUUCCGGUCCCUCUCCCGAUCCCUGAUCCUCUGCAAUGCCAAGACUAGCGACGAUGGAUCCAGCCCUGAUGAGAAGUACCCGGAUCCCUUCGAGAGUCCGCUGGGUCAGGGCAAGGAGGGCAUUUCCCACUCAUCCGUCCAGCUGGCAGACACGUCGGAGGCCAGGCUCAGCAGCAUUCCUGAUCUGGCAUUGGCCUCAGAGGCGGCUCAACUUCAAGCAGCUGGGAGUGAUCGCGGCAAGAACUACAGGAGGAUGUUCUUCAUGAAGGAAUCUUCCACAACUUCCUCUAAAGAAAAGCCUGGAAAAGUAGAAGCACAAAGUAGUAACUUCCUGUUUCCUAAAGCCUGCCACCAAAGGACACGAAGCAACUCCACCAGUGUUAAUCCCUAUUGCACAGGAGAAAUUGAUUUUCCAAUGACCAAGAAAUCUGCAGCUUCCACUGAUAGACAGCCUUAUUCUCUGUGUAGUAGCCGGAAAUCCCUCUCUCAACAACUGGACUGUCCAGCAGGAAAGGCUGCGAGCGCUUCGAGACCAACACGGUCACUGAGCACAGCUCAGCUUGGGCAGCCAUCUGGGGGCCUCCAGGCUUCGGUCAUCUCCAACAUCGUGCUGAUGAAGGGCCAGGCCAAGGGCCUCGGCUUCAGCAUCGUUGGGGGAAAGGACAGCAUUUAUGGCCCCAUUGGGAUUUAUGUCAAAACCAUCUUUGCAGGGGGAGCUGCAGCGGCUGAUGGAAGGCUACAGGAAGGUGAUGAAAUUCUGGAGCUCAAUGGUGAAUCGAUGGCUGGAUUAACACAUCAGGAUGCUUUGCAGAAGUUCAAGCAAGCCAAGAAAGGGCUCCUCACCCUAACCGUGAGGACCCGCCUGACAGCGCCCCCUGCCCUGGGCAGCCACCUGUCUCCACCCCUGUGCCGCUCCCUGAGCUCCAGCACGUGUGUCGCCAAGGACAGCAGCCUCUUUGCCCUGGAAAGCCCUGCGUCUCCUGCCAGCAUUGCCAAACCCAAUUACAGAGUCAUGGUGGAGGUUUCCCUGAAGAAAGAGGCUGGCGUUGGCCUGGGCAUCGGCCUGUGCAGUGUCCCCUACUUCCAGUGCAUCUCGGGCAUUUUUGUUCACACUCUCUCUCCAGGAUCUGUGGCACAUCUGGAUGGACGACUGCGGUGUGGUGAUGAGAUCGUAGAAAUCAAUGAUUCCCCUGUGCACUGCAUGACACUCAAUGAAGUCUAUGCGAUCCUGAGUCACUGUAAUCCUGGUCCAGUGCCCAUCAUUGUUAGCCGACAUCCAGACCCACAGGUCUCUGAGCAGCAACUCAAAGAAGCUGUGACUCAGGCUAUGGAAAACAUCAAGUUUGGAAAAGAGAGGCAUCAGUGGAGCUUGGAAGGAGUCAAAAGGCUGGAGAGCAGCUGGCACGGGCGGCCUACCUUGGAGAAAGAGCGAGAGAAGAACUCAGCACCCCCACAUCGCAGGGCUCAGAAGGUCAUGGUCCGCUCCAGCAGUGACAGCAGCUACAUGUCUGGGUCCCCAGGGGGCAGUCCCUGCAGUGGCAGUGCUGAGAAGCAGCCCUCUGAUGGAGAAAGCUGCACCCACAGCCCCAGCCUGCCCCUGGGGAGGGAGUCAGGGGUGCUUCCAAUGGCCUCAUCCAGGCCACCCCAGGAGAGCCCGCCCCUCCCGGAGAGCUUAGAUGGCCAUCCACCUCUGAGACUGAAGAAAUCCUUCGAGAUCUUGGUGAGAAAACCUACGUCCUCCAAGCCCAAGCCUCCGCCCAGAAAGUACUUUAAAAGUGACAGUGAGCCUCAGCAGAGUCUGGAAGGGAAAGAGAGCUCCUUAUGCCCUUCUGGGCACACCUUGCCCAGCUGCAGUCAGGAAGUCAGAGAGCUGCUGCCACCACUGCCUCCACAGGAAGACGCAGCAGGGAGAACCCAGGGUGCUGGUGCCUGCUGCUCAGAACCUGGAGUCAACCCUCCGACCACGUCCUCCACAGAAGGCGAGCCAGGGAGGAGAAGAGCCAGCCCAGUGACCCGAGCAUCCCCAAUUAAACACCCGCUGCUUAAGAGGCAGGCUCGGAUGGACUAUAGCUUUGAUACCACAGCUGAAGACCCUUGGGUCAGAAUUUCUGACUGCAUCAAAAACUUAUUUAGCCCCAUUAUGAGUGAGAACCAUGGCCACAUACCACUGCAGCCCAAUGUCAGUCUGGGUGAAGAAGACGGGGCACAGGGACACCCAGAUGGGACCUCACCAAAGCUGGACACUGCCAAUGGUGCUCACAAAGUUUACAAGUCAGCGGACAGCAGCACUGUGAAGAAAGGGCCCCCUGUGGCCCCUAAGCCAGCCUGGUUUCGUCAGAGUUUAAAAGGUCUGAGGAAUCGAGCUCCAGACCCAAGAAGGCUGCCUGAUCCGGCCUCAUCCCUGCAGCCAACACCUGCUUCCAGGGAGCCCCUGGGGCCACACCCAAGGGCCACCUCCUCCUCCAUUAAGCAGAGAAUCAGUUCCUUUGAAACCUUUGGCUCCUCUCAACUGCCUGACAGAGGAGCCCAGAGACUAAGCCUUCAGCCCUCCUCUGGGGAAGCCUCUAAACCUCCUGCAAAGCAAGAGGGAGGACGGUUUUCUGGCCUCUCUGGGCGAGGGGCUCCAUUCUCUGUGGAGCACAGGUAUCCAGAGCAGGAGCAGCUGCCCUCAGGUUUCCCUGCAGCCUCCAAGGUCAGUGAUGCAGGUGUGUCGGAGUCUCCUCCUCCAUGGCAGGGGUCCCAUCAGAAAACCUUCUCCCCUGACCCUGACCCGCUCUCGAGGCUGCUGUCCUCACAAAUUAAGGACUCUCAAGGCCCAGUCCUCAAGAUGCCAAGCCAGCGGGCACGCAGCUUCCCCCUGACCAGGACUCAAUCUUAUGAGACUAAGCCAUUUGAUGAAAGGACCAGUAAGCUCUACUCCAUCAGCAGCCAGGUGUCCUCGGCUGUCAUGAAGUCCUUGCUGUGCCUUCCAUCUUCAAUCUCCUGUGGCCAGACCACCUGCGUUCCCAAGGAAAGGGCAUCUCCAAAGUCAUCGUCCAAUGAAGAUGCAGCUACAAAUAGUUCCGAGCCAGCCUCCUCAGACCUGGGGUUUUCUCUCAACCUUUCAGAGCUAAGAGAAUAUACAGAAGGUCUCACUGAGCCCAAGGAAGCCGAUGACAGGGACCAUUGUUCCUCUCAGUCUGGUCAGUCAGUCAUCUCCCUGCUCAGUUCAGAAGAAUUAAAAAAACUCAUUGAGGAAGUGAGAGUUCUGGAUGAAGCAACAUUAAAGCAAUUAGACAGCAUCCACGUCACCAUCUUACACAAGGAGGAAGGCGCUGGCCUUGGCUUCAGCUUGGCAGGAGGAGCAGAUCUAGAAAACAAGGUGAUUACGGUUCACAGAGUGUUUCCAAACGGGUUGGCCUCCCAGGAAGGGACUAUUCAGAAGGGCAAUGAGGUUCUUUCCAUCAAUGGAAAGUCCCUCAAAGGGGCCACCCACAAUGAUGCUCUGGCCAUCCUCCGCCAAGCUCGGGACCCAAGGCAAGCUGUGAUUGUCACAAGGAGGUCAACUCUGGAGGCCACCCUGGAUUUGAACUCCUCCACUGACUCUGCAGCCUCAGCUUCUGCAGCCAGUGAUGUUUCUGUAGAAUCCACAGAGGCAACAGUCUGCACCGUGACACUGGAGAAGACCUCGGCAGGGUUGGGCUUCAGCCUGGAAGGAGGGAAGGGCUCCCUGCAUGGAGACAAACCUCUCACCAUCAACAGGAUUUUCAAAGGGGCAGCUGCAGAACAAAGUGAGAUGGUCCUGCCAGGAGAUGAAAUCUUGCAUCUGGCUGGCACUGCUAUGCAGGGUCUCACACGGUUUGAAGCCUGGAAUGUCAUCAAGGCACUGCCUGAUGGACCUGUCACUAUUGUUAUCAAACGGAAAAGCCUGCAGUCCAAGGGGACCACAGCCACUGGAGACCCCUAGACAGGGCACCAACUCUGAAGCCAAAGCCAUGAGCACACAGCUCCCAUAACUGCUGAUUCUCAGGGUCUCUGCUGCCCACCCCACCCAGAUCAGGGAAAGCACAGGUGUGCUUCCUGGGGAUUGCUGCUCAGGUCCAGACCUUCUGGAAAACAAUCCAGCAAGAGGAUUGUCAUCAAAAUAAGGCAGAGUCAUGCUGGGGUGGCUGAUACAAACUGUAUACUGUAUAUAUAUGAAGUUUAAUGAUAAUGUUGUGGUGCCAUAAUAAAAUGGAUAUAUUACAAUUUGAUCUGAA